CUAAAUGUACAUGAGGGAUGCACGAGACCACCCUCUCAACUCAUCUCACAGGCCGGGACUAACCACCUGUAAUCAUCCUCAUGAUGGGCGGCGGAGCAGCAAAGGACACGCUCCUCAUAGUCCUGCCUUAUCCCGAGCCCACAGCAAUCAUCGAGCACUUGUCGAACAAGUUCCCUGGCCUGGAAAUCAACUACGUAGCGACCAACAGCUCUAGAAAUGCCCAAGAGUUGCAUCAGCAGGUUCCCAAACACCUCUGGGCCUCCGCUACCGUCCUCGUCACUCUGUUCACUGUGCCCCAGCCCGAAGAAGUCCCCAAGCUGCAACUGAUCCACCUCGUCUCCGCCGGCAGCAACCAGCUGCAGAGCACGCCAAUAUACAAGGACACCGAUGUCACCAUCACCACGAGUAGCGGCAUCCACGGUCCCCAGAUCGCUGAGUGGGUGAUCCUGACCGGCUUGGUGCAAAGCCAUGGCUACAACCAGCUCUACGAGCUGCAAAAGAAGCGCCAAUGGGGAGACAAACGGGGUGCUGCGAACAGUUUCAACAAUGUACGGGACUGGGUGGGGCAACGAAUUGGUAUCCUCGGAUAUGGCUCUAUCGGCAGACAAGUGGGAAGAGUGGCCAAGGCCAUGGGCAUGAGUGUCGUAGCUUUCACUGCGACGCCCAAAGAUACCCCCGAGAAGAAGAGAGAUCACGGCUUCAUUGUCCCCAGUACAGGCGACGAGGCGGGGGAUAUCCCGGUCGAGUGGUACUCGGGUCUGGAGAAAGAGAAUCUUCACCACUUUCUCAAGCAGAAUCUGGACUGGUUGGUGGUAGCUGUGCCUUUGACUGACCAGACCAGGCACUUUCUGAGUAAGGAAGAGUUCCAGGUGUUGAGUCAGGAUGGGAGCAAGCCUGCAUACGUGACAAACAUUGCGCGGGGCGCCAUCAUUGAUCAGCCGGCACUCAUUCAGGCUCUCAAGGACGGUACAGUCUCUGGUGCGGCGCUCGAUGUGACUGAUCCCGAGCCUUUGCCCGAAGACAGCGAGCUUUGGGGUUUAGAAAAUGUCAUCAUCACACCACAUGUGAGUGGGAAUGGCGUUGCGUACUUGGAGAGAACGAUGAAAGUGCUGGAGCAGAAUCUCGAGCACAGAGAACAUGGCGAGAAGCUGAUCAACGUGGUGAGAAGGAGCCGAGGGUACUAGACACACACACACAAUUGUGACUGGUACUACAGCGAUUCUCGCCAGUCUCCCAAGAACCAUGAGUUAACAAGGUAGAAGACAACAUGGCACAGCGACUGAGAAAGACUGUAUCAAUAGUGCUGUUCACAACUCAGUGACUACCUUGCCUCUUCUGUUCAACCGUG